AUGGCUAUAUACACUUCAAUUUUGAUGGUAUCAAUCCAACUUCUCUUGUGUGCCUCCAGCAAUUCCUAUACCAUUUUACCACCUGGAACUCAAAGAAAUGCAACAUCCAAAGUGUCACCCUUAGAUAAAGAAGCCUAUGCUUUGUUUUCUCUUCACUGGUGGAGUAUCCAAUACAAUAUCUCAAACCGCUGCAACAAUUGGCCUGGUGUUGAGUGCAAUGACAAUGGAAGCAUUACAAAGCUUUCACCUCCAAAAGAUUCCACCUAUACCUUUAAAAGAGGCCUGUAUAUUAGGGACAUUGAUUUCUCAGUCUUUUCAAAUCUUGUCCACCUUGAUCUCAGUCAAAUGGAUCUAUAUGAACUCCCUUUGGGACUAAAUAGUCUCAAGAAGCUAAUAUUACUCAACAUAUCCUCCAACAAUCUUCAAGAUGAAAUCCCUUUCUCAUUAGCAAAUUUCCCUCAACUUAUGGUGUUUGAUGUCUCUAAUAACAGUUUUACUGGUCAGAUUCCACAUGAAAUUGGCAUGCUGGAGAAUCUUGUCACAUUGGACUUGAGUUUCAACAAGUUCAGUGGAUCCAUUCCAUUGAGUUUGAGUCAUGUGACUAGUCUCAACCACUUGAGGAUAUCCAAUAACCAACUAGAUGGUGAGCUUCCAACAACGAUUCUAGGUCUUUCUCAGUUGAAGACUGUUGACCUUUCUCGCAAUCGUUUUCUUGGGAUUGGAAUUUGUGUUCUCCGUGCCAGGUAUCGUCGCAAACACAAAAAUAAGGCAGCAAAGCAUGGAGAUUUAUUCUCCAUUUGGAACUAUAAUGGUAAAAUUGCAUUUGAGGACAUCAUUGAAGCCACACAGGACUUUGAUAUCAGAUACUGCAUUGGAACCGGUGCUUAUGGUAGUGUCUACAAAGCGAAACUUCCAAGUGGCAAAACUGUUGCAUUGAAGAAGCUUCACAAAACAGAAUCAGAAAAUCCAUCCUAUUACAAGAGCUUCUGCAAUGAAGUUGAGGUCUUGACAGAGAUUCGCCACCGGAACAUCAUUAGGCUUUAUGGCUAUUGUUUGCAUAACAGAUGCAUGUUUUUGGUGUAUGAAUACUUGGAAAGAGGAAGCUUGUUCUGUAUCUUGGCCGAUGAGAUAGAAGCUCAAGAGUUGAAUUGGAGCAAGAGGGUGAACAUCAUUAAAGGGACAGCAUAUGCUCUUGCUCACAUGCAUCAUCAUUGUACUCCUCCUAUUGUUCAUCGAGAUGUCAGCAGCAACAAUAUUUUGCUCAAUUCAGAGUUAGAAGUUUGUGUAUCAGAUUUUGGCACUGCAAGACUUCUUGAUCCUGAUUCAUCUAAUCAAACUCUUCUAGUUGGCACCUAUGGAUAUGUUGCUCCAGAAUUGGCAUACACCAUGAGUGUGACUACAAAGUGUGAUGUUUACAGUUUUGGAGUGGUGGCUUUAGAAACAAUGAUGGGACAUCAUCCAGGAGAAUUCAUUUCCACUCUGACAAAGCCAUCUACUCAACAAUUAUUGGUGAAAGAUGUGUUGGAUCCACGGAUUCCACUUCCGAAAUCUCGGAAAGAUAUGCAAGAUGUUGUGCAUGUUGUAAAGCUAGCAUUAGCAUGCCUCUCCUCUGAUCCAAAAUCCAGACCAUCAAUGCAAGUUGUGGCCAAUGAGUUUUUGGCUUCUAAGGCACCAAUACAUGUCUCUUUCUCUGAUGUCUCAAUGUACCAAUUGAUGAAUCAAGAAGUAUAUGUCAUAGAUAAAAAUUAGGACAAGCUAUUAUUGUAUUCUCUAAAUUGAGAUGAAUUUAGGUGCAGGUAGUUUUGCAUGAAAAUUCAGU